AUGCAGACGAGUCAUCGAGAGACCCUACAGUGCCCCGAUCCACCACCGUUGCCAAAGAUACGAGUUGAAAAUGCACAUUCAUUCACAGUCACAGGUGUUGAUUUUACCGGAGCCAUCCAAACUAAGAACAAUACAGGAACCACAUCAAAGGCAUACAUAUGUCUCUUCACGUGCACAGCUACACGAGCCAUACAUUUAGAAGGUGUCACCGACCUAUCAGAAUCCACAUUUAUGCAAGCGUUUAGAAGGUUUAUCAGCAGAAAAUCCCUUCCUAAAGUCAUGGUAUCAGACAACGCUACGACAUACCAGUCUGCUGCUACCAGUCUCAGAAAACUGUUCCAGUCUGCAUCUGUUAGAACAUCACUGAGUGAAAUGGGUACAGAAUGGCGAUUUAUACCUAAGAGAGAUCCCUGGUGCGGAAGAUUCUGGGAAAGACUCAUUGGCCUGACGAAAGUGACCCUUAAGAAGAUUAUUGGACGAGCGUACGUUACCCUGGAAACCCUUCAAACCAUCACUACAUAG